UUAUGGAUUGAGAAGCCCAUACUUUGAAGUGGCCCAAAUGGCAUACAGCAUAUGAUAUAAAGCUGCCACCUUCUGCACUCCAUUCUGCUUUCCACUGCAAGCUUUCCUUCAAUUCUCUGGUAAAGUUUCUUGGAUGCCAUGGGGCUCUUCAGAAGUAAUAUGCCAACGUGCCCGGCUGAUCAACAUUGCUCACAAUGGGCUAGAACUUACAUGAAGUAUUGUCUUUGCACCCGAAGGGAUUGGAUAUCGCUGAUACUGGGAAUAGUUAGCGUUAUCAGUUGGGGUGUUGCGGAGGUACCUCAGAUCAUCACGAAUUACAAAGAUAAAUCUUCUGAAGGUCUUGCUAUAGGCUUCCUUUUCACAUGGAUACUCGGAGAUCUUAUGAAUGUGCUUGGUUGCUUGCUAGAACCAGCCACGCUUCCAACACAGUACUAUACGGCAGUGUGGCACUAUUCACUGGAUGUACUUGGUGACUACGUUAGCUCUUGCCGCUCCUACGGCUACUUUUCUCACGGGGCAUCUAAGAGACAACUCAAUAAGAUCGAGUCGGUAGACAAGAAAAGAAAAUGCAGCCAUGAGAGUAAACAACCGGUGAAUGAUGACAACCUUGAAGAAUCAACGGUCCCUAUGCUAUCGAAAUUCACUCCGAGUGUGCAAAUUCCAUCUCCUGAUGACAAUUCUACCCUUGAAAGAGUAUACUACAGUUCUGCUAGAUCUUUAUCUAGUCACACUCCUACUGUGAGUUUCUUUCACUCACAAAGAACAAAUGCCAAUAAACACGAUCAGGAUACGGUUCAAGAACCGUUGCUUGAUGGGCAUGUGUCGAGACAAUCACCGCCUGCUUCAGAAACCAAGACUAUGUUAUGUGUGGUUUUUACCGCAACAAUAUUUCUCUGCAUAUGCAAUCUCCAACUUGAAAGAAACAGUUAUCUCAAUUUAGAUUCGGUGAAAUCACACAACGGAGCUGUCAUGCAUGUGGGAAGAAGGCUGUUACAGGUAAGUGGCAGUUUACUGGAAGGUAACAAAGGCACGAGUAUCGGCAUUGGAACCUACCUUGGUUGGGGAAUGGCAGCUAUCUACAUGGGCGGACGCCUGCCACAAAUUUUCUUAAAUAUCAAAAGGGGAAAUGUCCAGGGUCUGAAUCCACUAAUGUUCAUUUUUGCCCUUGUUGGAAACUCUACUUAUGUAGCAAGCAUACUUGUGAGCAGCAUGGAGUGGUCAAAAGUACAACCAAAUCUUCCAUGGGUGGUGGAAGCAAGUGGGUGCGUAAUGCUUGAUACUUUCAUUCUAAUCCAGUUUAUCUAUCUCCGUGGUAACAAAAACAAACGUCUUGACACCAAACGCAGAGACUUGGAUCCAUGAUUGGUGGUACCGAAACAUGUAUGUGAAAACCGGAUUUGAGGUACUACAUGGGAUUAUAUGGGUACAUUUGUUUGCUUGUUUAUCUUGGGAUUUUUUGUCUAAAAUAUACACUAAUUUUUUUUUUCAAAGGGUGCGGCCGCCCCCCUUGCCCAAAGGGUAGGUCCGCCCCUGAUGGGAAGACGUCACAUCAUUAGACCAUUAGAUCAUGGGUAUCUAAAUAUUACAUAAUCUUGUUCUUGCAAAGAUGUGAAUUCACAUCAUUUUUGUAGGGAGCAAUUAACCAUACCGCUAAAUCACUGGUUCAUGGUAUUUUUUUUUAGUUUUAGUACAUUUGUGUAACUGAACUUAAAAAUUUAAACUCAAUCUUGUUGAAAAGUUUUUAUAUGAAAGUGGAAGUAGGACCUUUCACUUAUUUUAUUUUGAGUAAAGUUCUAUUUUGGUCCCUAUCGUUUGGUCCAAAUAUUUACUUCGCUCUAAUAGUUUUAAACUUUUAAUUCAACAUUUUGGCUCUUUGUGGUUACCCAUCUUUUCCCUUACAUUCACACCCUCUAAAUUGUUUUCUUUUUAUCAAGAGCAAACAAGUCUUUUUGUGUAGGGCAAUUUUGUUUUUUUUUCUUUCAAGUUCAUAAACCCUAAAGCCUUUCAAAUUUCAUAUCUUUAGAGAUUUUUAGGGUCAUAACAAGAGGAAAUGCAAGAGUCAAGAAAAAAGGUCAGAGGUUGUUUAGUGUGUCCAUAUGUGAGGGGUUUUUAUGUGAUCUCUUCAAGUAACAGACAAUGUAUUGCUUUAAUUUUAUGUU